GCAGCACUCAACAUGUUUUCACGGAAGAGAGUGGAGGCGUGCAGCGACACGAUAAACCUGCACGACUGCAAGACCAAGCCCCGACACUGCAGUUUACCAUCACAUUCAUGUGAAGUGACAGACUCCAUCUUUGUGAAUCUUAACUGUGAAUAGUACCUGUGCAGGAUCAUGGCAUGUUUGGACAAAUGUUUGCCAGUGCGUCGCUGGCUCACCUUUGUUACUGGUCUGGUGGAGUGUCUGUGCUUUGCGGGAAUUGUAUUUGGAUGGGCUUCACUUGUGUUUGUGCUCAAGAUGGAGGGAUACUUCAGCUCUCUUUAUUGUGGGGAACAGGAUGAACAGUUCUCACUCAUUUUCACUAUGGCUUCUGUUUUAUUAAAUCUUCUGACAUUUUCCAGUGGAUUAGUCUUUGACUGGUUCGGCACGACAGUAGCUAAGCUCUGUAGAAUACACCCAUCAAGAAAGAAAAAACAAAUGAAACCUUUCCUACUGAAGGUGGGAAAUCUGUUUGGUGCACGUCGCUCCACAGUCAUCACUCUCUACAACGGGGCCUUUGAUUCUUCUGCUGCUCUCUUCCUUGUAAUCAAAUUGUUGCAUGAGGUCCAUGUCUCCUUCCACAUCUCCUUCCACUUUUUAUCUGCCUGCAGCGUCAUUCACCUGCUCAGAACUCUGUUCCUGAUGCCUCAGAACUUCAUUCCUUACCCUCUCUCUGAACAUUGUACAUAUGGUUUCCCUUUGCACCAAUUCGGGAAGUUGUUCAGCCUGGCCAUGGCUCUGGCUGGACUGUUUGCUUUACUGCAAUAUCCCUUCAUCCUUGUGGAAGACAUCCUUAAUGGAGACCCUUUAUAUGUGAACAUUGCCCUUACACUGCUCAUCCUGUUUCCGUUCAUCCAUCCCAUCUCCGUCUACGUGCAUUGUCCUAAUCUUGCUUCACAACGAGUCAAUGGUAACGCCAUUGCUGCCCACUUUCACCUCCAGUCUGUGAACUGA